AUGGAGCAAGCAACAUGUGAGGUUGCAUACAAACAUGUUGAUGUUGAGCGUCUUAUUGUUUUGACCAAUCUUGCAUUGAAUACUAUUGGCGUUUCUUAUAAACGCAGAGAUGAGUUCCGACAAAAACAAGCUGAGAUGGUUGAAAAAGCCUUAUUUGAAGGUGAACUAUUAACUGGAAAGGGUUUAAAUCAAGAAGUUGGUCUUCAAAGACCUGGGGAUACUCGUUGGGUUAAUAUGCUUGAUGCUCUUGUAGUUGCCGGAGAUGAUGAUAUAGCUAAAACUCAAGCUAUUUUGGAUGGGAUCUCUAAUGGACUAAGUCUAUCUUUGCAAAGAAGAGAUCAAGACGUUGUAAAUGCUAUGUCCUUGCUUGGUACUACUAAGAGGCGAUUUCAGAAGACUAGGGAUGAAGGAUGGGAAUCUUUGAUGAAUGAAGUGAAAUCUUUUUGUGUACAACAUGACAUUGAUAUUCUUAUAGAAUGGAUGCAACUUGAUUGUCGCUUUCCUGAGAUUAGUACAGAUUUACUUAUUGGAGUUGGUUGUUUGAAUCCUGCUAAUUCAUUUUCCUAUUACAACAAAGAGAAGGUAUUCAAAAUGGCAAAGUUGUAUACCGAUGAUUUUGACUAUUUUGCCUUAGAUUGUCUUAGUUUUGAGUUAGAUACUUUUAUUGAUAAUUUCUCUACUAAUGAGCGGUUUUCAAGCAUAAGUACUCUUGGUGAAUUCUCCAAAACAUUAGUUCAAUCUGCAACAGUUGAAAGAAUGUUCUCAGCAAUGGAGAUUAUCAAAGCUGAGUUGCGCAACAAGAUAUCUGAUGAGUUUUUAAAUGAUACUGUUGCUCUCUUGGUGAUGGUGGUGCUAUUGGGGUGGGGAAAUGGUGGUGAUUGGGAAGGGUCAUCUCACCUUAACUCGGCAAAGUGGCUAUUUCAUGUCGUUUUCAUAAAUAAGAAGAUUGUUGCUCGUAAAAAUAGUUCAAGGCUGUUGUUUGUAAAAAGCCUAAACUUGAAGGCUGUAGUUCGCAAUUAUCCCUGA